AUGGAGUCGGAGAAGAAACCGUCAGCAGUAUCGGAUGUGGGCGCAUGGGCAAUGAAUGUUAUCAGUUCUGUUGGAAUCAUUAUGGCCAACAAGCAACUCAUGUCAUCCAGCGGCUAUGCUUUCAGCUUUGCCACGACAUUGACUGGUUUUCACUUUGCUGUUACCGCACUUGUCGGCAUGGUCUCCAAAGCCACAGGCCUUUCAGCAUCAAAGCAUGUCCCUCUUUGGGAACUUCUCUGGUUCUCAGUUGUCGCCAAUAUGUCAAUCACAGGGAUGAAUUUAAGUCUCAUGCUGAACUCGGUUGGAUUUUACCAAAUCUCAAAAUUGAGCAUGAUUCCAGUGGUCUGCAUAAUGGAAUGGAUCCUUCACAUUUUGUCAACAUCACUGCAGCAAAUUUCAAUAGGUUCCUUGCAGAAAAAGUACUCUAUUGGAUCAUUUGAACUGUUAAGUAAAACCGCCCCUAUUCAAGCUGGUUCUCUUCUUGUGUUUGGUCCUAUAGUGGACUACUAUCUUGCUGGAAAGUUAAUUUUGGACUACAAGUUUACUACUGGAGUAAUCUUCUUUAUACUCCUUUCAUGUUCUCUAGCUGUAUUCUGCAAUGUGAGCCAAUAUCUUUGCAUUGGACGAUUUUCAGCCGUUUCCUUUCAAGUUUUAGGCCACAUGAAAACAGUUGCCGUCCUCACAUUGGGCUGGCUACUAUUUGACUCCGAGCUGACUUUUAAGAACAUCAUGGGGAUGCUUAUUGCAAUUGCUGGCAUGAUUAUUUAUAGUUGGGCAGUUGAGGUUGAAAAGCAGGCUAACUCCAAGGUAGCACCCCUUUCGAAAACCAGCUUGACGGAAGAGGAAAUCAGAUUAUUGAAGGAGGAAAUUGGCAAAACUACUGUUAAGGAUGUUGAACUUUCUCAGUCUGGGUAA